AUGGAUUCGAACACAUUAUACAAAGAUCUCCCCGUGGAAUGCCUCUUGCGAGUUCUCGGUUUCUUGGCUUUACCGGAAAUUGCGGUCUUAUUCCAAACCUCCAAAGUAUGGAAUUUAAUGAUUUCUACCAAUGAGAAUACGGUAUAUCUUCAACUCGCUGGGGGACUUAAUACGGCGUGCACGUCACUUGAUUCUCCGCCAGAUGCUCUUGACGGCCGGUUGAGCGCAGAAGGGAGCAAGGCCGACUGUACAUCACUACUGAGCGAAGAUGGGAAGUGA